GACACGCGGUUGGCGGGGCAGGCGGGGCGGCCUCCUGCUCUUCCCCCACCACCGCAUCCUUCAUCUCUUUCUCUCCCCUCCCCAACGUCCCUUCUCUCAGUCGAAGUGCCCAGAGUGUUUUUGAUAUUGACAGGUUGAAUUGGGGGCCCGCGGAUCUUAUCGCAAGUUCCACUGCUAAAAACCGUGUUCGUCUUCUGGCCUCCCAAGAUGGUGCACCUUUCCACCGUCACGCACAAGGACGAGGGGUCCGUCAACAAGCUCGCCGAAGGCGUCAAGAAAGUGCACCUGCAGCUGGCCAACGAUGACGACAACUUCACCACCAGCGUCUAUGGCUCCAAGUUCGCCGCCCAGGACCUCCCGCGCCACGAGAUGCCCGAACACGAGAUGCCCAAGGAGGUGGCUUACCGCAUGAUCAAGGACGAGCUGAGCCUGGACGGCAACCCCAUGCUGAACCUGGCUUCGUUUGUCACCACGUACAUGGAAGAGGAAGCCGAGAAGCUCAUGGCCGAGUCGUUCUCCAAGAACUUCAUCGACUACGAGGAGUACCCCCAGUCCGCCGAUAUCCAGAACCGCUGCGUCUCCAUGAUCGGCCGCCUCUUCAACGCGCCCGUCGGAGCCGGCGAGACGGUCGGCGCCGUCGGCACGUCGUGCGUCGGCAGCUCCGAGGCCAUCAUGCUGGCCGUGCUGGCCAUGAAAAAGCGCUGGAAGAACAAGAGGAUGGCGGAGGGCAAGCCGUGCGACAAGCCCAACAUUGUCAUGUCGUCGGCAGUGCAGGUCUGCUGGGAGAAGGCGACUCGGUACUUCGAGAUUGAGGAGAAGCUCGUCUACUGCACCGAGGACCGCUACGUCAUCGACCCUGAGGAGACGGUCAACCUAGUGGACGAGAACACGAUCGGCAUCUGCUGCAUCCUCGGCACAACCUACACGGGCGAGUACGAGGACGUCAAGGCGGUCAACGACCUGCUGUGCAAGAAGGGCCUGACCACGCCGAUCCACGUCGACGCCGCCAGCGGUGGCUUCGUGGCGCCCUUCGUCGUGCCGGACCUCGAGUGGGACUUCAGGUUGGAGCGUGUGGUGUCGAUCAAUGUCUCCGGGCACAAGUAUGGCCUCGUCUACCCCGGUGUCGGCUGGGUCGUCUGGCGCAGCGCCGAGUACCUGCCACAGGAGCUCGUCUUCAACAUCAACUACCUCGGCGCCGACCAAGCUUCGUUCACGCUGAACUUCAGCAAGGGCGCUAGCCAGGUCAUCGGCCAGUACUACCAGCUGAUCCGGCUCGGUAAGCACGGCUACCGCGCCAUCAUGAGCAACCUCACGCGCACGGCCGACUACCUCUCCGACUCGCUCGAGGCGCUCGGCUUCAUCAUCAUGUCCAAGAAGUCGGGCGAGGGCCUCCCGCUGGUGGCCUUCCGGCUGCCGCCGCAGGAAGGGCGCAACUACGACGAGUUCGACCUCGGGCACCAUCUGCGCGUGCGCGGCUGGGUGGUGCCGGCCUACACGAUGGCGCCGCACACCAACAACCUCAAGAUGCUGCGGGUGGUGGUGCGCGAGGACUUCACCAAGAACCGGUGCGACAACCUGAUCAACGACAUUAAGCAGUGUCAGCAGCUGCUCGAGAAAAUGGACGCCGAGAGCAUCAAGCGGCAGCAGGAGUUCAUCCACAAGCACCACACGGCCAGCGGCAAGGCCUCGCACAACCACCCCAAGUACCGGAGGGAGAAGCACUCGCUCCAGGGCAAGACGGGCAAGACGCACGCCAUCUGCUAAGGCGCAUCGAAUCGCGAAACGGAAAUUGUGAUCAAUGCCCAGUGGUUUCGGCACUUAAGGGGUCGACGU